UGGUCUUCACCCACAACAAAGCUGUUCGCUUUUCAGGCAGCGAGCAAAGCCAGCCCCGGCCCCUGAUCGAUAGUUCCAGUCAUCUCGGCAGAGACGGAAAAAAAUUAAUGCUGUUUUAUUCAGUUAUUUAACAAAUGGAUUAAACUUGCUCGGUAAAAUGACGGAUUAUACUAAUUUUCAAACACAGAUAACCACUAUUAUGGAAAUCAUGACAAAGACAGCGAUAGCAGAAAUUACCAAACUUUUUGAUGACAGUUCCUCCGUUUUGUGUUUGACAAUAUCUCGGAGUUUAAAUGAGAAUGAAGCGCUGAAAAACAAGCUACAGAUACUGCAGCAUGAGCGGAGGACUAUGCAGAAAGAGGAAAUGGCACGAGCUCGUGAGAGUCCUGUCAAAACUAGAUCCGUUGGAGUGCAAGUUUUCGGUGAACUGGAAGAGCAGCAGAGAGAGAGAGUCUUUGGGCAGGAGCGCAACUGCAGUCUGAGAAGAGAUGGAGAACCUGCAGGUGUGGAAGAGUCUGCAAACAUGGAGGUCAGGGCUGAACCAGUUCUUAUCAAGCAGGAGAGACAGGACUUGUGUUACAGUGACCCACUGACCACACCUGUGGAAGAGGAACAGGUAACACAGCCCACACCUGUAGGAGAUGUGAAGAAACCGGACACAGAGCCCACACCUGUAGGAGACCCAGAGGAGCUGAGUGAGAAGCACAGGUGUGGACACGGUGAUGAGGAGCUCAGUGGACUGGAGUUUGUGGUGAAGGCAGAGCAAGAGGAAGAGCAUGUAGCCCAGAGACUCAAUCAGACAGGAUGUGAACCCAGUGCAGGAAGACUCAACAAUCUGGGCUCUGAGUAUGUAAUGUAUGAGAGAGACAGUCAGUUUUGGACUUCCUUUACGCAGGGGGACAGUGACAUAGAGACUGAUGAUCCAGUUUGUUCUAUUGCUAUAGAACAUUGCUCACAGAAUCUGUCAAUUCACACACAGCUACAAGAUGCUCCUGCCACCAUGGAAGUCUCUGGAAACACACUGUCCUCUUUUGGGCCUUCAUAUUUUACAGAGUUUGAUCAGAUGGGUGAGAAGCCGUCUGCUUUCAGUGAGGAGCUCAGAUCAGAGGCCAUUCACACACAGCAGGGUCAGUACAGAGAGAGACUUGUGCACACAGUGGAGAGAGAGAAUCAGACAUUACUGCCCCAGCAGCAGCAACAUGGACCCUCAGUAAAACACAUGAGAGGCAGUGAGAGUCCAGCCUCAGGCUCUCAGUACAAGACCAGCUCUACUCUGAGUACCACUGUUUCCAUUACUGGGAAGAAGGGCAAGACUAAUGGACAAGCUGACUUUGGAAAGAAACUGUUCAUUUGCACAUAUUGCGGGAAAAGUUUCGACCGCUGUAGUUAUCUCACCUCGCAUCACCGAAUUCACACAGGAGAGAAACCGUACCGCUGCACGCAGUGUGGGAAGCGUUUCAAUCACAAAGGUAAUCUUGUGCAACAUGAGAGGGUUCACAGCGGAAAUAAGCCGUUUGGUUGCACACAGUGUGGGAAGAGAUUCACUCGAGGAGCUACCCUCCGAGCGCACCACAGAUGUCACACAGGAGAGAGACCGUAUCACUGCACCCUGUGUGGGAAGAGUUUCUCUCACCAGAGUAAUCUUGUUGCGCAUGAGCGGAUUCACACAGGAGCGAAGCCGUACAGUUGUAACUAGUGUGAGAAUACUUUUCUUUCAAACUCAUCAGAUUUCACUGUUGAAAUGAACCGUUUUGAUUGAGAUGUUAUCUGUGUUAUUAGUCUGUAUGUUUGCGAUAUAUUGAAUGACCACAUCACACAUGAGUGCUACCCUUCAUGUGGCUUUCAUAAUAUAUAAAUUGUUUUAAUCUAAAA